UGGAAAUGGGAAUUACUUGCAAACUUCUGAAAAAGACGAUGCUAGAUCACCGUCAUCUCAACAUCAUUUUGUUACUGCUCCAAUUUGGCAUUAUGUCUAGUGGAGCAGCAGAUGCACAAACAAAUUUGACUAAUAAUGCAUCGGACCAACUGCAAGCCGUGGAAAACACUACACCCAUGGUAGAAGAGGAACAUGAAAUGGGUUUCGACUUUGAUGCAGUAGUUCGCACCUGCAACGCCAGUUUCGCCAUACCGUUAGAACUCAUUCAGCGUUUCAACGAAACCGCAGAAUUGCCAAAUACCACAGAUAAGACGGGGAUGUGUUUCUUAAAAUGCUACAUGGAAGGGACUGGCCUACUACGAAAUUGGCAACUGAAUCGUUCAUUGAUAAGGCAAACAAUGUGGCCUGCAACUGGCGACUCUAUCCCGGUGUGCCAGGAGGAGGGAUCGCGGGAAAGUUGUCCUUGUAAGCGUACUUACGCUAUUGCUAAGUGCCUCAUGAUACGCGCUCUGGUUGAUGCACGCAACAAGCCGAUCGUUUGACGACAAAUUGGCCAUGCUGACUUCUUGCGGAAUGAUAAGAUCAAUUGAAAUAUACGUCACAUUGACUAUUUUUCCAUUUAUAUGCAAUUUUUUCUGACUAAAUUAAUACCCAAAUACUUAUGUAUUAGUGUUUGCUCUAAAUGUGUUAAAAGUGCACUCAGUAACUUGUAGGUGUAGUAGUUUGACCGAGCAAACCUUAAAAAAAAAGAAAUAAAAAGAGUGUUCGCGAAUAUUAAUUUACUUAUUUGUUAA